UGUUGCUUGACAUGUUGCUAUAAACAUUCCCUCCAUUUCAGACCAGGGUCGUGUAUUACGGAGACCCUUAAAGGUCAUUGCAAGAGAUUUUUGAGGAUUUUUUUGCGUUACUCGCAAUACUUUUCUCCUUCCAUUCCUUCUGAGCCGUAUCUCUAUUUCCGCUCACCUGCCCCAGCAUGGAUCAGCUCACUGAAUUUUACUUUGAACUGGGCAUUACUACCACAGCAGUACUGCUGCUCACUAGGCCGGCAUGGUUAUGGAAUUAGUGAAAAUAAACUUAAACGAGUUCUUAGAUCAAGAGGUCUCUGCAGGAUUCGUGAACAGUUACUCUACUCUGUAGUAUACCAUCUCCAGAGGCGGAAUUACAGAUGUGCAGUUGAAUCUAUCUCAAAAAGCUCAUUUGCACAGGCUCCUCUGUUCUUUGCACAAAACAAAUUAAAGUAACCUUCAGUGCUGAAACAGGUUUUUGGUAGGAGGCCUGUUGCUGUAAGUGUGGAGCAGUAAUUCCUUAUACAUACGGCUCCUACCCAGAAGUCUGAUAAUGCUCUAUGGCUGACUUCUUUGCAACAGACAUCAUAUAAGGUGAGGUGUCCAUAAACAUUAACUUCACAUCUCCACACUACCUUCCACUGCAAACAGACAUACUGCUCAGAAGGACUGGAAGAAGAAAUAUUGCUAGAAAACGCAAAAGUUGUCCUCAAACUAAUCCUCGCAGUGACCUUUAGAGGGCUCCGUAGUAAAGAGCAGAAGAGGGGGCGUUGGUGUGGACCAACAGGUAAACCCGAGUCAUUGAUUACAGUUUAAGUCACUUGUCCAACACCAAGGAGCAAGGCUGUGUUCUGAGUUGAACUUUUCGCUUUAAGUGAAAUGUACUGAAGUGCAACAGUCAUAGCAAGCUGGAUUGCUUUCCUCUAAAAAACACAACCGAAACUGAUGUUAAAACUGCUUCUGCUUUCACUGAGAGGCCGAAAAGGGAACAGCUCUCAAUUAAUUCAUGCUCCACCACAUUUCACUGAGAGUCUGUGUGGAGGCAUGACUCGCCACUGGGCAUUUGACGGUUGCAUUUCAAACUGUCAGUGACUGAAAUGGCCCAUUGCUUGGCUCCAGCUGUCCUGGCCCUCGCUGCAGGGUGGUGCCUGUGUGCGGCUGAUGUGGGGGACUUCGCUACGUGCCUGCAGGUCUUCUAUAAGUCUUGGCCUCCUAAAGGUCUGGCUGGGACCCCGAUCUGCCAACGUUAUUACAACCAGUACCGCUUUGCCACACUGUACAGUCGACCACGCCGCUCUCCGUGGUUCUCCGCCUAUUCGUACACUGUACCUGCAGGAAAGAGACCCACCGCGUCCUGGAAGUUUGAGCCACAGUUGACCUACCCAGGAGCUGAUGGCAACAUGAUCCCCUUCCCUCCGGGCCCUCUGGACCAGAACGUGGUGGACAGCCAGGCGGUGGAGCUGGACUACAUUAAUUCCACCUAUUCUCGUGGCCACUUGAACCCCAGCCUUCACCACCAGAGCCGCGAGGACCGCUCCGCCACCUUCACCCUCACUAAUGUGGUCCCUCAGAAGGCAGGCUCCAAUGAUGGGCCUUGGGAAGUCCUGGAGCAGAAUGUCAACCAAACCUUGGGGACCUACUGUCUCGGAGAGGCUUUCAUAGUGACUGGCAUCAUCCCUUACCGGAGCGACGAGCAUUGGCUCAAAAAUCAUCGCGUGGCUGUGCCCGAGUACAUUUGGUCCGCCUACUGCUGCCCAAACUACAACCACAGCCUCCCAGACGAACUGAAGGAUGCACUUCCCACAUAUGCUGCUAUUGGCCGCAACGACCGCAACAGCAGCGAGGAGAUUGUGCCUGUUAGCAAGACAGCUAAGAAACAGUUCAGGGGAUAUGAUGUGAGACAAAUGCCACUGGAAACACUUGAGAUGUACCUGAAGGACAGGUUCAACACUGUUGUCAGUGUUUUUUAUGAGCAGUGCUCUGGAUCCGAUUGAUCCAGAUUACAUUAUUACUAUAAUUAGAUCUUUGAAGUGUUCGAGCUAAUUUAGUGUCUUUUCAACAAGUCCUCCAAACAAAAAGCGUCAUUUGUCAGUGCUUUCCAAAACUGUUACAAAUGACCGUUACGCAAAUGAUUCAUAUAAUCUGUAAGGUUUGGUUAGGUUUACCUGGUUAAGAUUGGGAAAGAUUUUAAGGGUUAAAAGAAACCAACACCGACUUUACAGUAAUAUGUUUGUUUCUCCAAAAGAAAUGUAGGAAAAAGGCAGCACUGCAGGGCCAAAAGAAAGCAAAAGAAUCACCUCAUGUUUUCACCAUUUUGGCGAAUCUUAUUGACAGUUAAUGGACUGACAAAACUGCUGAUGCGACGGCCUCUGAUGAAGGCUUCACUGAUUCUCUUGUUUGUUGUUUUUACUACUGGUGUGCUGUCUUUUACCUGAAUUUGUUUUGGGGAAGCAGGAUGUGAACGGCGGUCUCUUCUCCACCUUUCACACGGCUGCUAUCCUUGCUGUCCUUGUCACAUUCAUGUAAAUAUAGCUUGCUUUAAAGGAAUAGUUUGACAUUUUGGCAAUAAGCUUAUUCAUUUCCUUGCCAAGAGUUAGAUGAGAAGAUUGAUAGCACUCCUAUAAGUUAUGCUAACCAGCUGCUGGCUGUCGCUUCAUAUUUAAUGUACAGUUAUGAGAGUCGAUCUUCUCAUCCAACUCUCGGCAAGAAAGUGAAUAAGCGUAUUUCUCAAAAUCUCAAAGUAUUCCUUUUAAGCAUUUGAACAAACGGCUGGUAGUUUUUCUUGUGAGGGCAGAUAUUUUACCUACAGCUGACCUGGUGUGGGGAAGGGACACUGACCUCAGACAAAUCAGCUUAUAACUCAUUAAAAUAUGGAAAAGUGAUCCAUGUACUUUAUUGAAUUACUGAUGAUGCUAUAUAUAUAUAUAUUAUACACACACACACACACACACACACACACACACACACACACACACACACACACACACACACACACAUACAUACUGUGUAGGUAUUCCUUUUGUCUGCACCAAAGACUUUUGACCACUAGAGGGUGACCUUGUGCAAUAGACCUGUACACUGCAGCUGGAGGGAUUUUAGCAUGAAGUUUCAUCUUUACAGAAUUUGUUGGUAAUUCAAAGAAACACCAGACCUCAGUAUCUUGGAAAUCAAUAUGUCUAUUAUCUUAUUAUUUACUUAAUAAUAUCUGAUGAUCUUUCAUUUUAUUUUAUUUCAUAAUCUAUUUUGUAUCACAUUCAUUUCCAUAAGGCGCUGCUGGUGGAGGCUUUCUGAACAUGUAUCAAAUAAGUAGAAAUUAUAUUUGUGCUUUAAAUCAAGAACAAAUACAGGUUGAUAAAUUACAGAUAUGACUCAUUUAGACAAACAUUAACUUGUUCCGCAAGUUGGGCUCGACCGCUCUGAAGCUUCGCCAAGACUUGUUUUUUGUAAUGAUCACUAAGACACAAGUUUUGUCAUAUCAGACUCAUUCUGGAUUUAUUGCAUGAACAGAUGGUACAGUAGCACAGGUGUACAAAGGGCUAAACAUAUGUAACACUGCACACUGGUCUGUCAAACUGGAUUAUUUUGACAAUAAUGAUUCAUCGGCUUAGUGAGUGAAGACCUUGUCCCACACCUCUACCUUCAAAAUGGCCCUGCCCAAAGGGGACAUGGUAGCCAUGAUGUCCAGGUGCUUGCCCUUAUACGUGAGACUACAGCCUUUGGCCUCCUCCCGUACAAAGCCCUGCUGCUCUUUGUUGUAAUACAUCUCUUUGUACAGACUCUCGUUGCACUCUUUGCCGUGCUCGUAGAUUCCCACGGCCAACCAGUUCUUGUACAUGUUAUAGUCAUAGGGCACGGAGAACAUUAUAGCUAAUGUCUCCGUAGCACAGUUGCUUUGCCUCUCAAACAGGUCAUAGGUCAGGACGCCCACUGCGCCGCAGGCUUUGGCGCUGGUCUUGCUGAAGUUGCACACCUCGGUUUUCAGGGGGCGUACGGUGGGUUGGGGUGGGCUGUGGCAGUUGCCACUGUCCAGGUAAACCCUUUUUUGAAAGGCAAGAAAAGGAAUAAAAGUAAGGGAAAACUAGAUAAUGAAUGGGUACACUUAUUUUUAUUCAAGCUGCACUUUUAACCUCAGUUUAUCCAUGCAAAGGAAAUGAACAUGCACUCUUUUUUUCAACAAUACAAUCUUGUCUUUUAAGUCUUGCACUUACUUGGGGUCAACUAGGCAGUAGUUAUUGGUGAUGUUGGUGAUCUCGAUGGUGAUGUUCCUUCGGCUUUUGAUGUUAGCUGCCAAAGCCUCUGCUGAUUCACUCAUAUUGUUGCUGGUAAAGGCUGCGACAGAGCACGACAGGUGUAAAGUGUAAUCUGCAGAUCUGUAUUACAGUGCAGUGGAGUAGUUUCAUGUAGAUACUUCUGAAAACGGUGCCUAUGACAAAACAUAUACGGUGCUAAAUCCUUCUACAUCACAGUUCACUGAAUAAUAUUUGUCAGUAAACCUCCACCUACCUGUCCGGAUCACAGGUGUGCUGCUCGCUCAGGGAAUGCCAGACUGGAGACACUGGGUUCACUCUUUAGAUCUUGCUGGGGAAUGUGUGACACCUAAAGCCCUCCCAAAACUCUCCCCACCCACAGCACACACCCACUCCCUGUUGCUCACCAUCUCACACUUUUUGUCCCGUCUUUGCCUGAGGUAUGUGUGAAGAGGCGUGCAGACGGUGGAGCCAACAAUAACAACAUUACUGUGUUUUUUUGUGUUUUCAUAAUGCUAAUAUGCCUGUUUGUUCAGCUUUCCGUGACUCUGUCUCACACCACACUGUCUCUUUAUGCACCACAGCUAUUGUCUGUGAUGUUGUCUUUACUGUCUGAAUGUGGAGACGAACAUGCUAUACCUCUGCUUAUGAUGCUGUGCAGUCUGACUAACAUUGUGUUUAUUGUAAUAAUUUUACUCCAAAGUGAAGUAUGAUUCAUGUCUGCUGAAGAGAUGUAAAACUUUUCCUUUUGUUACCUGUUGUUACUGCAUGCAAACAUCUGUGAUCACGUGCGAUGGUACAAAUUAAAGACGACACAAAAAAUGUUAACGACAAGAAA